GUAGACUCGGCACAAUCUAUCUGCCUUGCAAGCUGCUUUAGUGACUCCAUGUUUAAUGCCUGCUUUCAUCGAUAAUGAGUAUUUACAUCCAUAACUAUGCGGGAUAAUUGCCUCUGUCAUGAAUUUGUUUAUCGAAUACUCCUUUUUUUAUAUUCAUGAUUGAGAAUACCUUACUUAGGGGACACUAGGCCUGAAGACUUAUAAUUCAGUUUAGGCCAACAGAUAACAGGUUAGCAAAUCGCGCUCAGCCAUGGAAAGCCGAAACGGCGAUAAACCGCAUAUAGGUAUCGUGGGUGCGGGUGUCUCCGGACUUCGAUGCGCAGAUAUCCUCUUAUCUCACGGCUUCAAGGUAACCAUUCUCGAGGCCAGGAAUAGAAUCGGUGGGAGAAUAUGCCAAUCAGAUGAGUUGGGCUACACUGUUGACAUUGGCCCAAACUGGAUUCACACCUGGGACAGCGGCGACGUACACCCAAUCCUAAAGCUUGCAGUCGAGACUCAGACGCCUCUUCACCAUUGGAACGGGAAGCAACUCAUCUAUGACUCGUCAGGCAAUAAAGUGCCAGAGGAAAAGUCUGAGAGGCUUUCAACUCUCUUGUGGGAGAUAAUCGAAAAAGCGUUCAAGACUAGUGAGGCAGCUCGGGAGAAGGAUAGGGGGAAGAGCAUUCCACGAGAAGAGUCUCUAUACGAUUUCAUCAGCAAGAGAGCAGCAGAGGAGCUGGAAGAUGAAGAAGACCGACAAGUCCUCAUCCAAAUGAGUGAGAUGUGGGGUGCCUACGUUGGCGAGCCUGUCUGGAAACAGAGUCUAAGAUUCGCUUGGAUGGAAGAAUGUUGUGGCGGUGAAGAAGUCUUCGUCGAGUCGAACUACUCUGCGAUUUUAAACAGAAUCGCGAAGGCAGCAACUGAACAGGCUGAGGUCAUACUCAAUGCCAAAGUUAUAUCAGUUAAUACUUCACAUCACGAUAAAUCUCAGAAGAUCAUUCUGGGAAUAGAGAACGGGAAUGAGUACAAGUUUGAUCAGGUAGUGAUGGCGACACCGCUAGGAUGGCUCCAGAAAAACAUGAGCUGCUUCGAGCCCGCUCUGCCGUCAAUAUUGAGUUCCGCCUUCCACAAUCUGAAGCUGUCACAACUUGAGAAAGUCUUCAUUACGUUUCCUUCCGCGUUUUGGAUCUCAGAUACGCCGGCUGACUUAUUUCCUGCCUAUACAAACUGGCUUACACCAUUGUAUGCACACGACACCAACCCACAGGGCUGGCCCCAGGAGAUCUGGAACCUAGCCGCUCUCGCCGCGCCCAACAAACACCCUACCAUCCUCUUCUACAUAUACGGCGACUGCUCGCGCUACAUCGUCAACGCGAUUCACGGGCAGCCAAAAGCCGAGAAGUUUGCCUUCCUGAGGGACUUCUUCCAGCCCUACUACUCACGGCUUCCCGGCUACGACGUUGCGAGUGAGGUCUGCGUUCCAAAAGCAAUCCUAGCCACCGAAUGGUUUAAGGACGACCUGUGCGGCAACGCGAGCUACUGCAAUUUCCAGGUCGGCGUUGAAGAGGCGGAUCAGGAUAUCCUUGCGAUCCGGCAAGGAUGCGUUGACCGCGGACUGUGGUUCUGUGGCGAACACGCAGCCCCUUUCGAGGAGUCUGGUACUGUUGCUGGCGCGUAUCUCUCCGGGGAGUCGGUUGGUAAGAGGAUUGUGGGAUUGUAUAAAGGUGAAUCUAAUGCAGCAGGGUAACUAUUGUUGUCUCGGAUGGAAUAUAUUCUUCGUAAGUCAGGAUAUCUGUAUAUGUACACGAACUAAACAGGAACAAUGACAAAGUGCCACAGAUCUUGUGACAUCUAAUCCAGAGGUAUAUAUGGUAAAUAAAUAUACAACCCUUUAUCUUACAUCUACGAGGAUAUCAUCAGCCGCCUUUUCAACCAACAUAUAAAUCCCCACCACAGGAAACAAUCCCCUAUAUCAAUUGAGAUUAGCUUUACACAUACACAUACGCACAUAAGAACGAAGACUUACGAGAUCUUCGGGAACACCGAC